CUACACGACGACAACUCUUCCUCCUCGAAGAGCGCUAUCCUCUAAAUUGUGCAAUUUACAUCAUCAUCAUCGAAAGGAUAAAAGUUAUACGAUCAAAGAAGCAAGAUGCGUCGAAUAAUUGUGAUAUUGCUCCUCACUUCAGCCUUCGUCAUAACAGUUCAUUCAGAAAAUGCGCUAAAAUGCUACAUGUGCACUUCAUUAUCAAACGAAGGUUGUGGUUACAAUUUGACAACAAAGUUACAACCAAUGGAAUGUACUGUUAACAAUAUACAGGAAUGGCAACGAAGCAUCCAGCAACACAAUGGCCUGAAAUCGGUUGCAUCAUUUUUUGAAGUUGAUGAAAUAUUUCAGCAUUAUCAAGACGCUCCCCAGGAGAUGGCUUGUGCGAAAAUGAUGAUCUUUAAUAAUAGUAAAAUUAUUCCGAAACAAGAUGUUAUUAUAAGAACGUGCCAAAGAGCUAAAACAGAACACUUUGAUCCAUGCAAGACGAUGGAAGAUAAACUAAAUGAUUUGGCGACAUUUAAAAUGGAGCAAUGCACACUUUGUUUUAAAGAUGCCUGCAAUAGCACGAUGUUCCUAUCUUCUGAAAUAUUCUACAUUUUUUUGUCACUUUUUUGCACUUUUAUUGUUUUUUAUUGUUAGGCAUAACCUUCGUUAUUACAUUCUAAAAAAAUUCGCUAUAUAAUGGAUAAUAAUUAUUCGGCAUCAGAUAUAUUCGUCUUGUAGUUGUGUAGCUCAACUGUAGAGAAGUUAGACUUCUAUAUAAUUAGUAUAUGUUUUACAUAUAUGUGCCCAUAAUUCAAAAUCUGAAUAAUUCAUAAAACCAAUCAAUUUCGAAUUUGACCAAUUUUAAUCAGAGUUAAAAAAAUAUUCUGUAAUUAUUCUUUAGGCAACUAAUUUUAGAAUUGGCUGUGUCUUAUUGACUAGACAACUGAAACACUAACAUUGUGGAACCUAUUUAUUUUGAUUUAAUUUAUUCGUUCUGAUUAAUUGGAACUUUAUUAAUUUAUUGUAACAAGAUUACUAAUAUAG